AACCACAGUUGUGUGAUGUCACGGAAGGUCCCUGUGUGAAGUACAUAUAGAGCGAGUGCAGAGGAAGCGCAGUAAAGUGGAAGAUCGAAAGAAUGAAAAUGAAGCUCCAGCUUAUUGUCUUCUUGGUGCUUAUACAAGUUUCAAUUGCAGAAAAGAUGCAAAAUGUGACUGCAGUUAAGGGCUCCACUGUGGAUCUACGCUGUCCUAUUAGCAAAUCUGAUAAAGGCAUCGUUGAGUGGAGGGACCCAGACAACAAUAUUAUGUUCUUCAACAAUGUUUCAGCAAUAAAGGACAAACGAUACAGCAUCACCAAGUUGACCAACUCACAGUUCUCCAUCAGUAUCACCAAUGUCACCUUUACAGAUGGGGGUGUUUACACAUGCACACAAUAUAAACCCAAACUGUCAGUGAAGACUGUUAGAGUGACAGUAUUGGAUCUUCCAAGAAUGUCAGUGACGAGGGAAGGAGAGAAGUCUGCUGUAAAAUGCACCGCUAAGGGAAACUUCCAACAUCCCAAGAUAACUUGGAAAUUUAAAAAUGAACCUGAAUUUCAAUUUCAAGGAACUACAUAUGAAGAACCCAAAACUUUUGUCACAGCAGCAAUCUUAUAUGUUUAUCCUGAGAAUAGCAGAGUCACUGUGAAGUGCCUUGUUCACCACCCAGAUCUACAUGCAGGGCCUUUGAUGCAGUUUGUGAAAGUUGGAAAACAGAGAACAAAACCCAUCCUCACAUCCACCUCCAGUCCUUCCACAGCACAGCCUCAGAGUUCUGUGAGGGUGCUAAGGACAACUUCAAGAUUCUUCAUAAGCAAUAACCCAGCAGUCCACUUUUCAACCACAAACACAAAUGGUCCCUCAUUAGAAUGGUCAUCUGCAUCCAAUGAGAUGCUUACUGCCAGUGACCCCAAGACUUUCACUGCGAUCCCUGCACCUUCUGUGGAGUCAGCUACAUCUGUUCACUCACAUUUCACCACUGGUGAUUUACUAGAGGACAUAAACCUGUCUAAUACUACAAAGAUAAACAUGACAGACCCUGAUAAGAGAACAGAAAGGAAACAAGGCUCUUCCUUAUUAGUACUUCUGGUGACAUGCCUCAUCUUUGCCCUUCUGGUAGUGGUCAUUUUCUUUGCUAUCAAGCUGAGGAGAGCACACAUUGCCUGGAAGAAAGAGAAUGAAGACAGUGACCCAUCAGAAACUAGCAGUAAGUCAAAAUCAAGCCAAGAAGAAAAGAACUCCCAAGGGCAACGGCGAAGAGGACUCUUCAACACGGUAUUCGCACAGUAUGUUGUUGAGGAUCCAGCAGUAAUAACUUCAGUAACGAACCCAAAUGCAAUGACUCGAAAAGAAAGCGCCACCAUAGAGCAGACCUCGCAAAGUCAGAUGCAAGCUGCAGUCAGAAGCAACAUAAAGGAGACUUCACUUUAAUAACUUCCGUCGAUAGAACUGGUUCAUCAUCAAACGAUGAACCUGACCAGUAAAGUCAGAUUCCCUGACUUUACUGAACCUGUAAUUGUGUUUCCAGCAAUUUCAAGGAGCAGCACAAUAAAAGGAGGCAUUACCUCACUACACUAUUAUAGUUAUGAACCAUCCUGGGAUUGUCAUUAAAAGAUUAUAAACUACUGAUAUGCGUGUUUGUUAUCCUCAAAUACUCAAAUGCAAACAGUUUUAGUGUGUUGUUUGUGAAUACAAUGUAUAAAAGUGCCAAAAUCUGAAAAUUACAACAAAUCAUGAUACAGUACGAAGACAGUCUGUUGUAAAAGUCAUGUAUUUAUGAGGAAAUGGUCCUUUCUUAGAUUUGAAAUGUUUUUUAGAUUUUUAAGUAAAGACCAUACCAUGGGAAAUGGAUAUUUUUCUUUCCUAUGUAAUAUGUGAAAAUGAAGUGAAGUGGAGGAGUCUGCUGGUGUUUAUGACUAAUAACUAAACAACUGCAUGUGUUCUUGAUAAAAUGCUUGUUUACACUGUUUACAUGGAAAAUAAUGUAUUUUUUUACACAGAAAUGUAAGUAAAUGUAAGUAUAUUUAUUGGAAUUUUGUACCAAUAAAUAUAUGUAUGCAUGUUGUACCAAUAAAUAUUAUUUUGCUA